AUGCUUGCUUCUUACGUCAGUCGGAAUUCCCUCCGUUUCCUCGUCGCCACCCACAUCACGUCGUACAACGUAUCUACCGUCAAGGGCAGCCAGCAGGAAAAGAACAAACCACACAUAACAUGCAUGACUUCAAGCUCCCCCUGCCCUGACGUUGGCCUGCCUGCCUGGUCACAUCCCAGCCCGACUCUCACGGACCAACGCUUCUUUCGCAUCGCCGUGCAGUCGGCAAUUGGAGACAAAAUCAGAGACAAAAAAACCCCCCCCCCAGAAAAGGAUAAUUUGAACACACUCUCGACUGCGUUGGCUGCUACGACGGAGCCCACGGAUGGGAAGGGGGGGACCGACGCCCACAGAACGAGAGACCAAACGGGGAACAACGGGAACAGCGGGACAGGGUCCAGAAGUGAAGAUGCGGGCAAGACACGAAUAUUUGCCGCCCAUAUGUACAACGUAGUCAGCAGAUCUGCUUCUCCCUUGGGUUCGAGCGUCGACGAGGGUCAUGGCCAGGCCUGGACCGUGUACCGCGCCUGA